UAACCAAGGUACCCUUCAACGCGUGUAUUUCUAUGCUUUUGAUAUUGAUCUUGCAUCUUCAACCUUGGUCACAGGUAUGCUUUCCGUCCACGUAUUCAUCGGGCUGCUUCUCCUCUCCCUGCACGCUCCUCCAUAUUCCGCUGCCGUCGACGAUACUCUCGCAGCGGGUCAAGUGCUCGCCGUCGGUGAGAAGCUCGUCUCGAGGAACGGCAAGUUCGCGCUCGGCUUCUUCCAGCCAAGUGCAAUAGCCAUCAGUAAGUCAUCCAACUACACUAACGCCCUCGGUUGGUACCUUGCCAUUUGGUUCAACAAGAUCCCGGUUUUCACCACUGUAUGGGUCGCCAAUAGGGAGAGGCCAAUCACCGUUCCUCGGCUCAAUUCAACAUGGCUAAAAAUGUCAGGAGAUGGCAACCUCUACAUCCUAGACCAUGCCACUAAUUCCAUCAUCUGGUCCACUGAUCACGUCGUUAAUACGACAACGGAAACCGGCAUGAACACGAGUGCCACUCUCCUGAAUAGCGGAAACCUCGUAAUACGAAACCCGUCAGGUGUAGUCUCGUGGCAGAGCUUCGACAACCCAACUGACGUUGUUCUUCCCGGUGCCAAGUUUGGCUGGAACAAGGCCACUGGGUUGAAUCGCCUUGGGAUAUCAAAGAAGAGCCUCAUCGAUCCAGGCCUUGGAUCAUACAGUGUUGAACUAGACACGACUGGUGCCAGAGGGCUGAUCCUCAAGCAUCGCAACCCUUCCAUGGAGUACUGGUCAUCUGAUAGAGCACUGAUUAUACCGGUACUUAAGUCUUUGUUUGAGAUGGAUCCACGGACCAGAGGCUUGAUUACCCCGGCAUACGUCGAUAAUAGUGAAGAGGAGUACUAUAUCUACACUAUGUCGGAUGAAUCAUCCUCUGUGUUUGUGUCGUUAGAUGUUAAUGGGCAGAUCAAGAUGUAUGUAUGGUCACGAGCAAACCAGUCUUGGCAAAGCAUAUAUGCACAGCCUGUUGAUCCUUGCACCCCCUCUGCUACCUGUGGACCUUUCACCAUCUGCAAUGGUAAUUCCACUCAAACAUGUGACUGUAUGGAGAGUUUUUCUGUGAAGUCACUGUGGGAUUGGGAGCUUGAUGAUAGAACAGGAGGGUGCAUCAGAGAUACCCCAUUGCAUUGUGUAAGUGACAAAAACAUGACAAGUUCAACUGACAUGUUCCAACCUAUAGGUCUUGUUACAUUGCCCUAUGACCCCCAAAUUAUGCAAGAUGCUACAACUCAGGGUGAAUGUGCACAAGCUUGUCUCAGUGAUUGCUCUUGCACAGCUUAUUCUUAUCAAAAUAGUAGAUGCUCUGUCUGGCAUGGGAAAUUACUUAAUGUAAAUAAAAAUGAUGGCAUUUACAUUAAUGCGGACAAUGUUCUGCACCUUCGUCUUGCUGCCACAGAUUUCCAAGAUUUGAGUAAAAACAAAAGAAAAACAAAUGUUGAACUUGUUGUGGGCGCAAGCAUUGUUAGUUUUGUGUUAGCAUUGAUCAUGAUACUGCUAAUGAUUAGAGGGAACAAAUUCAAGUGUUGUGGUGCACCAUUCCAUGACAAUGAAGGCCGUGGUGGAAUAAUAGCCUUUCGAUACACUGAUUUAGCUCAUGCUACUAAAAACUUCUCGGAAAAAUUAGGAGCAGGUGGGUUUGGCUCAGUAUUCAAAGGAGUGUUAACUAACAUGGCUACCAUAGCAGUGAAAAAGCUUGAUGGUGCCCAUCAAGGUGAGAAGCAAUUUAGAGCUGAGGUGAGCUCCAUUGGAAUUAUCCAACAUAUCAACUUAGUCAAAUUGAUCGGCUAUUGUUGUGAGGGUGAUAAGAGAUUGCUGGUAUAUGAACACAUGUUAAAUGGUUCUCUUGAUGUUCAUCUAUUUCAGAGCCAUGCAGCUGUCCUAAAUUGGAUUACCAUGCACCAAAUAGCCAUAGGAGUUGCUAGAGGAUUGUCUUACUUGCAUGAGAGUUGUCGUGAAUGCAUCAUACAUUGUGACAUUAAACCAGAAAACAUACUUCUCGAUAUAUCAUAUUUUCCAAAACUUGCAGACUUUGGGAUGGCAACAUUUGUAGGAAGAGAUUUUAGCCGAGUUCUAACUACUUUUAGAGGAACUGUAGGGUAUCUUGCACCAGAGUGGAUUAGCGGAGUUGCUAUUACUCCAAAAGUUGAUGUUUACAGCUUUGGUAUGGUGCUAUUUGAAAUCAUAUCGGGAAGGAGGAAUUCUCCUGAAGUACACACUAGUGGUAAUUAUGAUGCUACUUAUUUCCCUGUGCGAGCGAUUAAUAAGCUGCAUGAGGGAGACAUGAGUAGUUUAGUGGACCCAAGAUUACAUGGUGACUACAAUUUGGAUGAGGUUGUCAGGGUCUGCAAAGUUGCUUGUUGGUGUAUCCAAGAUGAUGAGUUCGAUCGGCCCACAAUGCGUGAAGUGGUCCGGGUUCUUGAGGGUCUACAAGAGCUUGAUAUGCCCCCAAUGCCAAGGCUACUUGCGACUUUAACAAACUUCUCUGCUGUGGCUUCAAUGUAAUUGUGUUUUCUUCUACUUUCUGCAAAUUAUAAUUCUACAUGGAAAACAUUGAUAAAGAAAACAUGGUUAUACUUGCUAAAUUAUAUCUUUUUAUUUAAUUGAUGGCUGCUUAUGGUAAGCAAGUAUUGUAUCAAAUCAAAGAAGAACAAUAAACAUGUCUUUGUUUUGA